CACACUUCUGUCCUUACAUAACCCGCCCCGUGGUGCAGUUAUACAAGCAGUAGGCGGGUGUGUAUCACACGUGUAUGCUUUGUGUAAUAUUAUUGUCAUCAGUGUGUGCUUGUACAGUGAGUACAGUGUUUUCUUUGCAAGACUCGGUUAUCACGUUUGUCUCCCACCUGAGUCCCCAAUCGAAGCGAUAUGCCUGAGGGUCCGGAGCUUCACCUGGCCAGCAUCUAUGUUAAUACCACCUGUGCUGGGCUGCGUUUUGGGGGCGCCGUGGAAAAGUCUGCGGUAAGCAAGAACCCCGAAGUGCCGUUUAGCAGUCGGGAUUAUACGGUUAGCGCUGUGUCCCGUGGUAAGGAAGUGAAGCUGAUUCUAACCCCGGCGUCAGGCGAUACUGUCGAUAUCAUCUUCAGAUUCGGGAUGUCGGGUAGUUUCAAACUCUGCCCUGAAGACGAGAUGCCCAAACAUGCCCAUCUGCGCUUCUACACCAAGGAGUUACCGCGCAGAGUUCUCAGCUUCGUCGAUCCGCGGCGAUUUGGUUCUUGGGAAAUGAACGGCGAUUGGCAGUCGGACCGUGGCCCGUGUGUAAUGCUGGAGUAUGACAAAUUCAGGGAAAAUGUCUUGAGUCAUCUCACAGAUAAAGCUUUUGACAAACCAAUUUGUGAAGUUAUGCUGAAUCAGAAGUAUUUCAAUGGCAUUGGGAAUUAUCUGCGGGCUGAGAUCCUACACAGGCUACAGAUUCCCCCUUUUGUGCAAGCUCGCCCCAUUCUUGAAGCUUUGAAGCAUCCGCAUCAGGACAGUGAUGUCUCUCUCAGUAAGAAAAUAAAGAUUAAGAAGGAGAGUCCUGAUCUGCUGCAACUAUGCAAUUUAGUGCCUUUGGAGGUCAUUAAACUAGGAGGAAAAGGUUAUGAUCCUGAGCAAUCAAAUGAUUACUCUGUCUUCGUGAAGUGGCUGCGUUGUUACUUUGUACCAGGAAUGAACUCUCUCCGAGACCAUAAUGGGCGGACAAUUUGGUUCCAGGGUGAUCCAGGACCUCUUGCACCAAAGGGGCAGAAAGCAAAGAAGAGAUCUCCAUCUAUAGGAACAAAGAGGAAGCCUGUGAAGGUAGAGAAAACAGAAGUAAAAAGGAGUGGAAAAAAGAUUCUAUUAAAGAAAGAGGACACAGAAAUAAAGCAUGAAGAGAAUGCUGUAAAGGUUACAGUUAAGAGGAGAGUGAAAAGGACUGGAGACAAAAUGGAGAAUGGGAAGAGAGGAAGGAAAACUUCUUCUAAUAGAAGUACUGCAUUAGAUACAGAUUCCCCGGCUCAGAAGGGGGGUAAGAAUACACCAGCAGUUAAAACCAGACCCCAAAGACGCAAGUCUAGCACUACCCCCAUAAGUAUAGACUCGCCAAAGCCAAAAAUGAGAGAGCUGCGGAAAACUGCUGGACGUCAAAGGACCACAAAACGCAAGUCUUGAAAGAGAGUCAUCAACCCUGCGCUAUUCAAGCAGACAUCUGGACCUUUUGCCUCUAUAAAUGGAUACCUGCCUUUAAGGUGGCUCUGACUGAAAAAUGCUUUUUAAAUGUUUUAAUCCCAGAUUAAGUGCACACUAGGAUGUUAUGUAUAUACAUGUAUAUAAACUAUUGUCCUGAUUUUUUUUAUAUUACAUCAGAUCUGUAUUUUAAUAACAAAAAAAAUGUAAAUGUUUUUUUAAUGGUGAAAUGGUUAAACACAAUAAUAAAGAAUUUAGUAUGUAUUUUCUUAACUAA